CGUAAGUUGUAACGGCUCACCAUCUAAUAUGUAACGAUUAAGCUUCCACUUUUACCUCCUUUUUCUCUCCUUAAAUUCUCCAACUACGUUCCCUCACUGAAACCAUCAACAAUAUUCUCUUUAUUUCUCUGCUCUCUUUACAAUCUGAACUUAGACAGACAGUUUUGUUUUUCUCUCCUUUAAAUAAAAUCCAGUGCUUCAUAUAGUCCCCUAUGGCUAAAGCAAUUCUCACAAUUUUCUUCCUGCUCGUGUCCUGCUCUUCAGCGCCGAUUCUAACGUUAGUGGAUGGGCAGAAGACUUGGUGUGUGGCUAAACCUUCAUCAGAUAAUGCAAUCCUUCAGCAAAAUAUAAAUUUUGCUUGUUCUAAUGUGGACUGCCGCAGUAUAUUCCAGGAAGGUUGCCCUUGCUUUUCCCCAAACAAUUUGAUGAACCAUGCUUCUAUUGCCAUGAACCUUUAUUACCAAACUAAAGGAAGGAACCCUUGGAAUUGCCACUUUGGUAAUUCUGCCCUCGUUGUCAUGACCGAUCCAAGUUAUGGCAGCUGCACCUAUGAGUGAAGUCAUGGUUCGGAGGAGCAACUCAUGAGGAGACUAUCCUAAUUUUCUUUAUAUUUCUUGUUUACCUUUUUUUUUUUUAAAGGAGGGGUUUGAUCAUGUUAAGUUAGCAUAUUAACAUGCACUAUGUAGUCAUUUAAUUUAUAGCUGUCAAUUUUUUCAUAUUAUGAUUACCAUUUCGUUCUAGUUUUGUAUGCUUUCCGUCAUGUUUGGCAAUUGACAUCUUUCUUUCUUCUUUGGGCCCUGACUAUUGAUAGUGGGGACGAUGCAAGAAAUAGAGGAGAAAUAUAUGGACCGAAUGGUUUAGGUAGGAGGUCCGAUCGCACUCUCUAAAAUUGUUGGCGGGUGCGCGCCGAAUCCUUCAAAAAUAGUAUUUUUUUAGAUGAUCCGACAUGAUUGCAACUGUAUUUUGGAGAGUCCGGCAACG